AUGGUCAUUGGGGAAAUGAUAAAGUCAAGGUUUGCAGGAAACGGUGGAGGACCACGCCCAAACGAAAUCAUACAAGUCAUGCUCGGUGAUCACAACGUAAGGAUAUCUUAUUGGAAAGCAUGGCGAUCAAGAGAAGUUGCACUAGAACAUGCAAAAGGUUCAUCUGCCACGUCUUCUAGAUUGCUUCUAGAAUACCUACAUAGACUCGUGGUGGCAAAUCCCGGUUCAGUGGCAGAAAUGCACACGGUUUACGAACAAGGGAUUGGUCAUCGGUUCAAAUAUAUGUUUCUUUCCCUCGGUGCAUGUAUCAAUGGUUUCAAACAUAUGCGUAAUGUCAUUAUCAUCGAUGGAGCACAUUUACGAGGCAAAUAUGCGGGAUGCUUACUCACUGCUUCGGCACAAGAUGGCAAUUACCAAGUAUUUCCUAUCGCCGUUGGAAUUGUUGAUGGUGAGAACGACAAAGCUUGGGAGUGGUUUUUUAAAAUGCUGUUAAAGUUUAUCCCCAACAACAAUGAUGUUGUUUUUGUUCCGGACAGACACACCUCCAUAUACAAUGGAAUAUCCAAGGUCUAUCCCGCAGCACAACAUUGUGCAUGUGUGCUACACCUGAAGCGGAACAUCAAGACUUAUUUCAAAAACAAGAACCUUGGAUACUUGGUGAGCAAGGCAGCUAGAGCAGUCGGACUAACUGAAUUUUACACCGCCUUCAACGAAAUCAAAAACAUCAAUGCUUCAUGUGCAGAAUGCCUAAUUGGAAUAGGGUUCGAGCACUGGGCCAGGGCACAUUUUCCUGGAAAUCGAUACAACAUAAUGACAAGCAAUGUCGCAGAGACAUGGAACUCUGUUCUUCGUGAAGCAAGAGAAUAUCCGAUAACAGCUUUGGUGGAGUAUAUCAGAGUAAAACUAAUGAACUGGUUUGCUGAAAGACGUAAUGUCCCACAAGUUGGGAAUGGAAGACUUACGGUACGUGUGAAGGAGAUAGUUGAAGAAAAUUUUCAAAACAGUGGUGGAAUACUAGUAAGACGGAUUAACGAUGUUGGGUUUGAGGUGAAAGACAAGGAUGGUUGUUCAUACCACGUUAAUUUAGCCACCAAAUCUUGCAGUUGUUAUUCAUUUCAGAAGCUCCUCAUACCUUGCUCCCAUGCAAUCGCCUCAGCAAUCAAAGAGAAAGUGAGUAUCGAAUCCCUUGUAUCAGACUUUUACACUGUAGAAAACCUAUCUUUGGUAUAUGGGGAAGAUAUAUUACCCAUAAGCAACGAAGGAAAUACAAGUGGAGCUUCGACCGAAGUUGUAGGAGAAGCGGUCGAAAUAUUCCCACCCUCAAGCAGACGCCCUCCAGGUAGACCGCGGAAGAGCCGGAUAUUGUCAACCGGGGAAAUACGGCCGGUGCAACGCGUCAGGACACAACAAAGCAACUUGCAAAGUUGCGAUAUAAAUGCAACCGGAAAAAUGCGAAGUUGGCGAUUCUCGGAUGAUGAAGGUGUUUGA